CGGCCUGGCCCGGCCCCCGGAGCCUCGCAGCACGUGGCCAGGCCCCCUCCUCCUCUCCCCGCCCGCUCUCUCCGCAGGACGCCCCGCCGCACGCGGACCCCCGCACAGCCAUGUCCAUCCUCUACGUCUCCCCUCACCCCGACGCCUUCCCCAGCCUCCGCGCCCUCAUCGCCGCCCGCUACGGGGAAGCGGGCGACGGCCCCGGGUGGGGAGGCCCGCACCCCCGCAUCUGCCUGCAGCCGCCCCCGAGCAGCCGGACCCCUGUCCCCCCGCCUCGCCUGCCCGCCCUGGAGCAGGGGCCUGGCGGCCUGUGGGUGUGGGGGGCCCCGGCUGUGGCCCAGCUGCUGUGGCCGGCAGGCCUGGGGGGGCCCGGGGGCAGCAGGGCCGCCGUCCUCGUCCAGCAGUGGGUCAGUUACGCCGACACGGAGCUCAUCCCGGCUGCCUGCGGGGCGACGCUGCCCGCCCUGGGGCUCCGGAGCCCUGGUCAGGACCCCCAGGCUGCCCUCGGGGCCCUGGGCAAGGCCCUGAGCCCCUUGGAAGACUGGCUUCGGCUGCACACCUACCUGGCUGGGGAUGCCCCUACUCUGGCCGACUUAGCUGCUGUGACAGCCUUGCUGCUGCCCUUCCGAUACGUCCUGGACCCUGCUGUCCGCCGGAUCUGGGGUAAUGUGACUCGCUGGUUUAACACUUGUGUCCGGCAACCAGAAUUCCGGGCUGUGCUAGGAGAAGUGGUCCUGUACUCGGGGGCCAGGUCUGCCACUCAACAGCAAGGCCUUGAGGUCACUGCACCCCCGAAAACAGCCGCUCAGCUCAAGAAGGAAGCAAAGAAGCGGGAAAAGCUAGAGAAAUUCCAGCAGAAGCAGAAGAUCCAGCAGCAGCAGCCCCCACCGGGGGAGAAGAAACCAAAACCAGAGAAGAAGGAGAAGCGGGAUCCUGGGGUCAUUACCUAUGACCUCCCUACCCCACCUGGGGAAAAGAAAGAUGUCAGUGGCGCCAUGCCCGACUCCUACAGCCCGCAGUAUGUGGAGGCGGCCUGGUACCCCUGGUGGGAGCGGCAGGGCUUCUUCAAGCCAGAGUAUGGGCGUCCUAGCGUGUCAGCACCAAAUCCCAGAGGUGUCUUCAUGAUGUGCAUCCCACCCCCCAACGUGACGGGCUCCCUGCACCUGGGCCACGCGCUCACCAACGCCAUCCAGGACUCCCUGACUCGAUGGCACCGUAUGCGUGGGGAGACCACCCUGUGGAACCCAGGCUGUGACCAUGCGGGCAUUGCCACCCAGGUGGUGGUGGAAAAGAAACUCUGGAGAGAGCAGGGUCUGAAUCGGCACCAGCUGGGCCGUGAGGCCUUUCUUCGGGAGGUCUGGAAGUGGAAAGAGGAGAAGGGCGACAGGAUUUACCACCAGCUGAAGAAACUUGGCAGCUCCUUGGACUGGGAUCGAGCCUGCUUCACCAUGGACCCUAAACUGUCAGCAGCUGUGACAGAGGCUUUUGUCAGGCUCCACGAGGAAGGUGUCAUCUACCGUAGCACCCGCCUGGUCAACUGGUCCUGCACCCUCAAUUCUGCCAUUUCUGACAUUGAGGUGGAUAAGAAGGAGCUGACGGGCCGCACCCUGCUCUCUGUGCCUGGCUACAAGGAGAAGGUGGAGUUUGGGGUCCUCGUGUCCUUUGCCUACAAGGUCCAAGGCUCAGACAGCGACGAGGAGGUGGUGGUGGCAACCACUCGCAUUGAGACGAUGCUGGGAGACGUGGCCGUGGCUGUGCAUCCCAGAGACCCCAGAUACCAGCACCUGAAGGGGAAGAGCGUCAUUCAUCCAUUCUUGUCCCGGAGCCUCCCUGUUGUCUUCGAUGACUUCGUGGACAUGGAGUUCGGCACAGGUGCCGUGAAGAUCACCCCUGCCCACGACCAGAAUGACUAUGAGGUUGGGCAGCGGCACGGGCUGGAGGCCAUCAGCAUCAUGGACUCAAAGGGGGCCCUGGUCAAUGUGCCUCCACCUUUCUUGGGCAUGCCCAGGUUUGAGGCCAGGAAGGCCGUGCUGGCUGCACUGAAGGGGCGGGGCCUGUUCCGUGGCGUCAAGGACAACCCCAUGGUGGUGCCACUUUGCAACCGCUCCAAGGAUGUGGUGGAGCCUCUGCUAAGGCCACAGUGGUACGUCCGCUGUGGGGAGAUGGCUCAGGCUGCCAGUGCGGCUGUGACCCGGGGCGACCUCCGUAUACUGCCUGAGGCCCAUCAACGGACUUGGCAUUCUUGGAUGGACAACAUCCGAGACUGGUGCAUCUCUCGGCAGCUGUGGUGGGGCCACCGAAUCCCGGCCUAUUUUAUCACUGUCCAUGACCCAGCCGUACCCGCCGGGGAGGACCCUGAUGGGCGGUACUGGGUGAGCGGACGCACUGAGGCAGAGGCCAGGGAGAAAGCGGCACGGGAGUUUGGAGUGUCCCCUGACAAGAUCAGCCUUCAGCAAGAUGAGGAUGUAUUGGACACCUGGUUCUCCUCCGGUCUCUUUCCCUUCUCCAUCUUUGGUUGGCCCAAUCAGUCAGAAGACCUUAGUGUGUUCUACCCUGGGACCCUGCUGGAGACAGGCCAUGACAUCCUCUUCUUCUGGGUGGCCCGGAUGGUCAUGCUGGGCCUGAAACUCACAGGCAGGCUGCCCUUCAGAGAGGUCUAUCUCCAUGCAAUUGUGCGUGAUGCUCAUGGCAGGAAGAUGAGCAAGUCUCUUGGCAACGUCAUCGACCCGCUGGAUGUCAUCCAUGGGGUUUCCUUGCAGGGCCUCCAUGACCAACUACUGAACAGCAACCUGGAUCCCACUGAGGUGGAGAAAGCCAAAGAAGGACAGAAGGCCGACUUCCCAGCAGGGAUUCCCGAGUGUGGCACCGAUGCCCUGCGCUUUGGACUCUGUGCUUACACAUCCCAAGGUCGAGACAUCAACCUGGAUGUCAACAGGAUCCUGGGGUACCGCCACUUCUGCAACAAACUCUGGAAUGCCACAAAGUUCGCCCUGCGUGGCCUUGGGAAGAGCUUCGUGCCCUUGCCCACCUCCCAGCCUGAAGGGCGUGAGAGCCUAGUGGACCGCUGGAUCCGUAGUCGGCUGACUGAGGCCGUGAGGCUCAGCAAUGAAGGCUUCCAGGCCUACGAUUUUCCGGCCAUCACCACCGCCCAGUACAGCUUUUGGCUCUAUGAGCUCUGUGAUGUCUACUUGGAGUGCCUAAAACCCGUGCUGAAUGGAGUGGACCAGGUGGCGGCAGAGUGUGCGCGGCAGACCCUCUACACCUGCCUGGACGUCGGCCUGCGCCUGCUCUCACCCUUCAUGCCUUUUGUCACAGAGGAGCUGUUCCAGAGGCUGCCCCGGCGGACCCCAGCAGCUCCUGCAAGCCUGUGUGUCACCCCCUACCCAGAGCCCUCAGAGUGCUCCUGGAAGGACCCCGAGGCCGAAGCUGCUUUUGAGCUGGCGCUGAGCAUCACUCGAGCUGUGCGCUCCCUGCGUGCGGACUACAACCUGACCCGGACCAGGCCUGACUGUUUCUUGGAAGUAGCUGAUGAGGCCACGGGCGCCUUGGCGUCGGCGGUGUCCGGCUACGUGCAGGUGCUGGCCAGUGCCGGUGUGGUGGCUGUCCUGGCCCUGGGGGCUCCUGCUCCACAGGGCUGUGCGGUGGCCGUGGCUUCGGACCGCUGCUCCAUCCACCUGCAUCUGCAGGGGCUAGUGGACCCAGCCCGGGAGCUGGGCAAGCUGCAGGCCAAGCGCAGUGAGGCGCAGCGACAGGCCCAGCGGCUGCAGGAGCGCCGUGCUGCCGCUGGGUACUCGGCAAAGGUGCCCCUUGAGGUCCAGGAGGCCGAUGAGGCAAAGUUGCAACAGACAGAGGCAGAGCUCAGGAAGGUGGAUGAGGCCAUUGCCCUGUUCCAGAAGAUGCUGUGACCCCCCAGCUCCAACCCUCAAAGCCCCUAGUGGUCCACCAACAGGGAUGGCAGCAAUAAAAUAUUUUGCCAAAAA